AUGAAUGGAAUUAGAGCAUUGUUUCUUUUUAAUUCAACUUGUGGAGGACAUAAUAUGAUAUAUGAAAAACGUUUUCUCAAUGUGGAGAUGUGUGCUAAAAGUUCACAAGAAUUGCAUUAUGUAAAUAUGUACACACUGCAAAAUGUGGAAGAAUUACUUAAGAAGCAAAUAAUAAAUAUUAGCCAAGAUGCAGGAUCACAUGAAAAAUUCAUAGAAUUAAAUAAGACAAUAAGUUGUUAUAGCUUAGAAGUAAAGAACAAAAUUGUGUAUCCCUUCUUAUUGAUCAAAAAAGGUAAUUUCAGUUUGAUAACUCUUCUACUAAUGGAAAAUUAUAACAUGGAAAAUCCUAUGGACGUGAUUAGAAACAAUACUAAUAAGUUACUUUAUUACAACUUUAUGAAUGAUUUUUUAAAUUACAUUAAAAAUAAUAUGAAAAAAUGGACAACUCUUCUCAUGACGAGUAACAGAAAAAUCAAAUAUGACAAAUUAGUGUUCCAAAAGAUUAGUACCAUCUUAGAUGCUUACGUAACUUCUAUCAUACCAUAUGGAAAAGUAUAUGGGAGAAACAAUUCUUUCUUGAAUUAUUUAAAAGGAGACAUGUACAAAACGGAUGAUAUUAUAGGGAGUCAAUUUUUCCACUUUUACAACUUUCUGUUGUUAAUAAAAAAGGAAAUUUCAGCCUCAGCCUCGGACCCAGUAUUCUGUGUCGAUAAAAAAUCAGACGUUUUUAUAGAUGAUUUCAGACAAGCGUGUAGCGAACUAAGUGAAUGUAAUCAUGAUGAACUGUCCGAUGUGGAUUCUGAAUCCGAUCAAUUGUCUCAGGGGGCGAAGCAAAGCGAUGAGAACAGGGAUGAGCAGAACGACAAGCACAUUGAUAAGCACGCUGAAAAGCACAAUGAUAUGCACCUUACUAAUGGCCAAACCAAUCAUGCACAUAGAAACAGUAAUUUGGAUGAGACUAACAAUUCAGUAGAGAUAUCACAGGGUGCAUUACGGAAACAAAUAAAGCGAAACGAUAUAUUAUAUAUAAAUAAAAAACCUCCUUUUAUUUAUCAAAAAAAUGGCAUCCUUAUGAACAAGAGUAUAAAAGAGACCUUUUUCAAAUUACUUAUAAAAUUUUAUGCUACAUCUAAGAGUAACAGAAUCAGAGAUACUGUCCAAUUUUCACAAAAUGGGUAUUAUCACUUAUAUCUUUUCUUCUUUUACAAUUACACUACUUUUUUUGAAAAAAAUAAGAAAAUAGACAUUGUAAACAAAUUUGAUGAAAAAGAGAAUAUAAAAAUUAGCAAAGGAAACAUUCAGACAUAUGUGCCUGUUUACGUGCACGAGAGAAAUAAACGUAAACCACCACAAAUGUUGAUUAGUGAAGAAUUAACUAGCUUUAUAACAAGCUUUGAAAAUGAAAGUGCAGAAAUAAAGGGAGAAAUAAUAUUACGAUGUGAUGAUGAGAGGUACUUAGAUGUCGACAUGAUGAUUGGGUUGGAUAACCAUAUAUGUGAUAUAUAUGCAGCAGAUUUUGUUCAGGUAGAAAAAAGAGGGAAAAACCUGAAGAUCCAAUUGUGCACUAAAUAUAGAAGUAACAAAAUAUUAACAUAUUACUACAAGAGCGUCACAUGUCCCCUUAUUGGUUCUUACAAGCUUAAAAAAGUUAAUGAGAAAUUUGCACAAAUAGAUAUAACACUACAGUGGAAUAGUAAAACAAAUAAAAUAAUUUUUGACAAGAAAAUAACGGAAUAUUUUUUCGUAAGGUUGCCUAUUCGCAGUGAAAUACUUGAACACAAUUUGAAAUGCAAUUUGGGAAAGUUAAAGAUCGAAAACGGACAAGAAUUAAGAUGGAUCCUCCCUGAUUUUCCAAGAGAAUUUCUACUUUCCAUGUCUGGCAUGAUCGAACUUGGUGAUACUGAAGUGGCCACGAAACAAUUAGUCGCAGAAAUCCACGUUUUUUCAAAAUCCCUUUAUUCCAAAACGCAUGUUCUUCAUUUGAGUGAAAAUAUUAUACCUGAUCAUUUUCUGCUGUCAGGGAAAUUAACAUUAGUUCUUAGCAGUUCAUGA